AUGCGGCCCCUCUUGGUGUGUACCCGGUGGCAGCUCGGGUGGCUGCUGCUACUGCUUCAGCUAACUCAGCUGACGGCUGCGAUCGGGAGCGGACAGGCCGACAAGGCCACAGGCACUGCUUUCAGUGUCGCAGCAGACGCAGACGCAUCAACUACUGCCUUUUGUCGCGCCUAUCAUGACCUCGGCCACCCAAAUCCAGAAACAGCCUGCCAACGCAUCCGACGCGCCGAUGACGCUACCACCAAACCUCCUGCUUCACACACCUCAAGUAUCCCCUUGACGGAUACUGUGGUGAGCACGACAGCAAAGGCCACCACCACAACAACUUCCACCACCACCACAACUUCCACCACCACCACGAGCACCACGAGCACCACCACCACUCCGCUGGUCCGAUGCGAUUGGAGCGGAUGUACCUGGGACAACGUGACCGCCCGCUAUCGCUGUGUUGUCGCUGACAUGGCUCACUUUGACCUUCGGGACUGUCCGCCAACCUCGCUGCUGGAUGUCGAGCUCGUGUGCAGCGAUGGCCGUGCCGAUCCCGCUCGUGCUAGCAAGAUUGCCCCGUACAUUAAAGAUCUCGUUCUCUCGCCCGUCCUGACUCACGAUGCAUGCUGUCACAUCUUCGAGCCCUCAGCGGUUUUCUCCGCCGUCACCACCCUCACCUUGUCGUGCGUCCCCUCGGAGCUGUUGUUUGCCAACACCUCCCUUCCCAACGUCACCCGGCUCACCCUGGCAGAGCUCGAAUCCUCAGACAUGACCGCCUCCUUCCUGCCCGGCCCCGUCUUCCCGGCCCUGCAAAACAUUAGCAUGCGCAAUGCCCGCGUCCGCACCCUGGCCAAACACAUGUUCGCCGAUCUCAACGCCCUCACACACCUCGACCUCGCUGGGAAUGGCAUCACAGCCCUGGCCCGGGACCAACUCCCCAAGUCUGUUGGCCUCCUUGCCCUCGAUCUCAGUAACAACAACCUGCGCCAAAUGCCGGCCGACGUGUUUCAGGACCUCCAGCACCUCAACAGCCUCAACAUUAGCGACAAUGGCCUCACCACCGUGGCCGGCUCACUCCUGACCCACCUUGCCCAGCUUCAGACCCUCGAUCUCAGCCGCAACGCCCUCCAGGAAGCCGACCAGCUUCACCUCCCCACCCACUGCGCCCUCACCGACUUGCGCCUGGCCGGCAACAUUGUGGAUGCCAUUAGCGGAAGCAUCAUCGCCGGUUGUAGCCGUCUUCAACACCUUGACUUGGGCAGCAACCGCAUCACCGUCCUGCCCCCUGCCCUCCUACAGUCACAAACCAAUCUCCGACAGCUCAACGUGUCCCAUAAUUACCUCACGCAGCUGGCCGACGACUUGCUCACUGCCACGACCCAUCUCGACGUACUGGACGCACGCGGCAACAACAUCGUCAACAUCUCGGGGGGCCUUUUGGCUCAUGUGCCCGCCCUCACCCAGCUUUACCUUCAGGACAACAGCCUCAACCGCAUUGCUUCAGGCGCCUUUAGCCGUCUGACCGCCGUUCACACCCUGCAGCUCAACGACAACGCCCUCACCACCCUCCCCGCGGGUCUGAUCAACUCGUUCAGCCCUGCGCUUACCCUCCUCGACCUGUCCAAAAACAACCUGGCUUCCAUUUCCAUCGCCUUCCUCCGAGGUGCCUCUCGUCUAACUCACCUCUACCUCCAGUCCAAUGAGCUGGUCGACCUCAGCCCAGGUCUGUUGGAUGACACCACCAGCCUCAUUGAGCUCCGGGCUGACGACAAUCAUAUCGUGCACGUCACUGCCCAGCUCUUUGCACACACCACGCGCCUGCAAAACCUCAAGCUCAGCACCAACAACAUUCAAACGAUUGACGCAACGGCCCUGCGCGCCACCACCGCUCUCCAACGUCUCGACCUCGCUCAAAACUUCCUCCUACAGCUCCCCGCCACCGUUUUCAGCACCACCACUGCUCUACAGCGCUUGCACCUCGCCUCCAACCAUAUGCAGACGCUGGACGACGGCCUCUUUGUUGCCCUCACCCGGCUUCAGCUCCUCGACCUCAACAACAACGCGCUGAGCAUUCUACCCCCAAACCUCUUCCAACCCUUGCGGAUGCUCCAGGAGCUGCACAUAUCUGACAACAGUUUGGCCACCCUUCCCGCCGACUUUCCUCUUCCGGCCUCCACGCUCAUCCUGGAUGCCUCGGGCAAUGCCCUGACCACGCUGCCCAGCCCAUUGUUUCGUCUCUGCGCCGCCUCCCUUACCAACCUCGAUCUGCAAGACAACGCCCUCGUGUUUGAUGGCAGCAUCUCCGCGCUCAUUGGAAGCUUGCGCGCCCUUGUCUACCUGGACCUGUCCAACCGCGUCGAUGAGACGGGCAGCGGCUCGCUGGAUACGCCCAUCCCCUCCUCCAUACAGAUAUUGCACCUGCUCGGUGUCCCCCUGUCUGCCACGACCCUGGAGUCGGUCCUCACCAUCCCCUCCCUCUCGGUGCUCUCCAUGGGCCACAACACGCUUUGCGCCUCGGACUCGCUGUCGCUGACGGGGCUCCCGCAGCUGUCGGUCCUCGAGCUCUCCGAGCUGACCUGCACCAGCCUUUAUCUGGACUUGCAGCAGUCACACCCCGUCGUGCGCAUCUUUAACAACCCAUCGCUGACCGUGAUUGAGCUUGACGUGCUCGACGGUCUGGGCACGUUUGACGUCAGUAACAACCCAGCCCUUCGCCGAAUCACCCCUGUCGACACCGAUAGCUUCGACAUUAGCUACACCAGCCUUCCCUACCAGUCGUACUAUUGCAAGCGCAUGGGCCGGCAAACCUUCCGCGCUCGCGGCAUGCUGGCCCGGGACUCCUUUACGUACCAGAUCGAGACGCUGCUCGACGACUGCUUUUCGCGAGUUUCGCUUUUGGAUCUUUCGGACAACGGGUUUAUGAACGAUCAGGACAUCUUGAACGAGACGGUGGGCCGGCCUUUUUUGGUGGCCAGCCGUCUGGCCGAUCCUUAUAUCGAGACAGCGCGUGGGUGGCAGCCCCUGCAGAGCCUCUCGUCCUUUCCCUCCCUCGUACUCGAGAACAUUCACGUGGUCUGCCAUGUGCACAGCAGCUGGAUUGAGGUUCGUGAUGGCCUCUAUGGGCAACUGCGAGAAUGGCCGUACAACCGUUACGACUGCCGCUGUGAGCCAGGAUACGAGAUGAAGCUCAACUCGUGCAGUCGUAAGGAGCAGGUGGGCAACCAGCCCUGGGCCGUGGUGUUGCUGGUGUUGCUGGUUGUUCUCUUCUUUGGUGGCGUCGUGGCCUUUUGUCUCAAGCAAAACCACAUCCUCCGCAGCCACCUGCACGAGUACGAGCAGUUGGCCACAGAUCAGGGCCACAAGCUCUUGACCGUCACCGAGUCGGAUGCCUAA